AGGAAGGGGGCGCUCGAGAGCACUUCUGACUCGAAAACACUGCCAUGGCCCGGGAGGUUGGUGAGGCCAGGCGCUUCUUGCUCCGGGACUUCCAGCCUAGGGAUGCGGACGCGGUGCGGGAGCUGUUCACCACGGACAUGAGCGAGUAUGGGCUGGCCCUGUGCACAAACGUGCUGCAGCAGCCUUGGGUAAUGCUGACCCUGACCGGUACCUUCAUGCUGCUGGUGUCUGGUGCACCUUCCCUGCUGCUGCCCGCGUUCGUCCUGGCACUGCUACUGGCAGCCGGCCACCUGGUGCUGGGCCAAGUCUGGGCCCUCUACAUCCGGCGCUGCGUCUCCCAGGACCUGAAGGAUAUCGGGGACGCCUACGCGCCGCAGUGCGGCGCCCGCUUAUGGGUGGCUGAGGCCGGUGGUCAGGUAGUGGGUAUGGCGGGCGCGCAGCCAGAGGAGGGCCACGGCCGCUCUGGCGUGCUGGUGCUGAAACGCUUGUUUGUGCGCCGAGACCACCGAGGCCGUGGCAUUGGCAGAGCCCUGGUACGAACUGUGCUGGCCUUCGCCUGCGAGCAGGGCUGCCGCGCCGUGGUGCUCGCCACCCACUGGUUGGAGUGCGAAGCCAGGAGCUUCUACCUCGGCCUCGGCUUCCAACCAGAGUUGCCCCAGCAGCUUCCCACUUUCUACGGACGCCUGGCGGACUUCAUGUUCACUCACUACCGCUACGACCUUGCCCCUGGGGACUAAGGCGCUACAGCGUGGGGACGACCUUGAAAGGAGAACUCUGUCCCCUGGAAAAGGGGAGAUUGAGAGCAGUGCUGGAACCCCUCCUUCUUUUGCUCAGGGAGGGACCCAGAUCAAAAUAUUAAUGAAGUUAGGAUUAACUGGCUUUGGGAUUUCAGGGGGCAGAGAGGGUGUGUGUAUAUAUGUGUGCAUGUUUGCAUCCUGAACCAUUCAUUUCAGCUCCUAUGGGCACAAUAUCCUGCGACUGGAUUGUACUUUGUGAUUUCUAAGGCUGCUGAAAGCAAUUAAAUAAUGAGUCAACGCUAUGGGGAGAAGAGAUGCAGUAUAUUAUAUUGCAGGACAUUUGGUGCCUCAUCUCUUUUUCUUUCUUUUUUUUUCUUUUUUUUUCUUUUUUUUUUUUUUGCUUAAAUGUUGAAAUAAUUGUUCUGGGUUUGAGGGUAGGGGGUACAAAUACACUUGGAAAAGAGGAAGGAUGACCAGAAGAUUAAAAAACAAAAAAAAAAAAAACCGCAUAAUGCUUUUUCCUUGAAUUUUCUGAACCACUCUAGAAUGCAUUUGCAAUACUGCCCUUUCCCUCCCCCUCCCCCACCCCCAGGGUAGAGCUUACUGGUAAUAAACUUAACAUUCCUGUUAAAGUGCUUAAAUUUAGAUUGAGAAAAGGAAAUUCCCUAAAAUUGCACCAGUACUUUUCAUGAAUGCUCUGCCACCAGCCCAUCCUCCACCCUCCAUCCCACAGGAUAGUAAAUGGCAACAUAUGGUGUGAUUUGAGGGGCAAAAAAGAAGUUCCCUAAUGAGGCCCUGGAAUGCCUGAAAUUCUUUCGUUGUCUUUAUCAGCACUAUUUGAAAUUCCCCUUAUUAUAAUUUCAUUUAGAGUUAAUAAUGGCCUUCUUAAAAUUAAGGUAAUAUUUAGAAGAUUAGGCUUAUUGGUUAUUCAUACCUUGUUAGGAAUUAGUUGUGAAAUCAAAGUCGUCUCUAAAAAUAUAUCUUCUAAUAAUUGCAGAGCACUAUUCUAUACGCCAGAGCAACAAAGAUAAAUAAUACAUGAUACCUGUCUUCAUAUAACCAACAGUUUAGUGCAUAAUUUGAAGGGGGAAGGGAGGACUUAUACAAAAUGUCAUUUGUUGUUCAGUUAUUUUCCAGCAGUGUUGGACUCUUCCUGACCCCAUUUGUUUUUUUUCUUGGCAAAGAUAUUUGAGUGGUUUGCCAUUUCCUUCUCCAAGUGAUUUUACAAAUGAAGAACCGCAGCAAACAGGGCUAAGUGAUUUGGUCAGGGUCACUCAGGUAGGAAGUGUCUGAGGUUGAAUUUAAAGUCAAGGCCCAGCACUAUCCAGCAGGCAAUCUAGCUGUCUUUUACCCAAAAUAGAAUAAAAUGAGUUAGAAAACAAAUUCAAGGAGAGAUGGAGCCCUAAGUGUUGAGAGGAAUUUGGAGGGGCACAAGGGAAGAUUUAAUGGAGGAAAGGAGACAGAAUUGUUUCACGAAAGGGAAAGUACUUCUGAGCAAAUGAAAAUACAGAAUGAAGAUUUGUUGAAGAGGAGAGAGAGGUCAUUUUGAAAGGUUAGAAACUUCAGGGAUGGAUGGGCUUUAGUGAGGUUCAAAACAGGGAAUUUUUAAUGUUUGAGAUGGGAUACCAGGAACAGAACACAAAAAAGGAAGUGGAAAAGGUUCAAAACACAAAAUUCUUUAGCCCAAAAUUUACAAUAUCUUAAAGAUUUAAACAAUGAAUUUGUAUGUACCAAACCCACAGAAAGAUUGAGGGUUCUGUGUAUCUUAUAUGAGUGCUAUUUCAAGUUCUUGUUUGAUGGGUCUAAUUGUUUGGUCUGUUUUUGCAGCAUAACUACAUAAAGUAAGAUAUGGGUCUGCUAAUGAUGUGAGGUCUGCUUUGGCUUUGUAAAUCUCUCAGCUUAUAGUAGUACUAUAUUUUGUACUAGAGUGAUUCCCAUAGGUUUUCUAGAUGUUUAUUUUCAGUGUCAAGGUCAAGUAAUUUAUUAUGUUAUGGAGAUGAAAAAAUCUAGAUGUGUUUCUAAUUGUUUUCUUUCCCUAGCUUUGGUAUUGUAAUAACAGUGGAUGGAUGCUCUUAGAUUUAGCAAACUUUGGUGAGCUUUUGAAGAUUCUCUGUUUUGGAUGAUAUGUGCCCAGUUUUGGCAAAUGAACAGCAAGAAGACUCAGUAACAGAAACAAGUUCAUUUUUCUUCUGGGAAGAUUCUACAUUGACCUGAAUUCUUUUAUCAAGUGAAAAGAAACAUUAAAAUAUUUGCUACUCAAGAUAUUUCUGUGGAAUUGGUGAAGAAACCAAAGUAGUUAAUAUUAUGAAUCUUUUACAAAAACCUCAAUACUCUGAAAGAUAAUGCAACUAUAUAAAAUUGGCAUUUAAAACUAUAAUUGUUCCGACACUGGGAUAUGUUUAUUAACAUUAUUUUCUGAUAGUUGCAUGUGAAAACAUGACCAAAAGGAGCAAUUACAGAAAAAAUGAAUUUGAAAGCCUAAAUUCAAAUGAUUGGGACUCUAUAUUCAUACUAUACUAAAAAUAUUUAUGCAUGGGUUUUUAAAUUGUAAAAGAAAUAAAAUUGAAAUGGGAGUAUUACUGAACAAAGAAUUUGCUUCUCCACACAAUAGCAAACAAAGUAGAUCCAUGGUCCCAAGUCUAGAUGAAGAUCAAAAUACUUUUGGGUAAAUAGACUAAGUUUGAGAAUGAGUAUGUGGCUAUAUGAUUGCCCCAAGUAGCCAUUGUGGGUCUUCAUGACUGAUAUAACUUGUAAUAUGUUUGGGUUUUGAUGCCUGACCAAUUGACUGUUUUUGGCAAUAAUAUGUGUAUAAGUGGUUUUGGGUAUAUUUACAUACAUGUUUUGGGUUUUAACUUUUGCCAGGAAAUAAGUCAGCUUACGGUGUUUUUUUUUUUCUUUUAAUAGCAAUGUUUAAAAGUAAUCAAAUUUACUUUGUUAUUGUUUUACUUUUGUUCCAAAGGCAGAAUGUUUUCUUAAAAAAAAAACAACAACUGUUGUUGUAGAGUUGGAGCCCCAGUGCUCGCUGGUGUGACAAGAAUGAGAUUACAAUGUAAUUGGGAAAUA